AUGCUGUACGAGUGGAUCCAGAACCGCCACUUGAUGUGGAAGUCUCCAAACUUGACUGUGCCAAGGAGGGCAUACGGAACUAUCUACGGUCUCCCCCAGGUCCCCGAUGUCGACAAGAUUCCUGAGGCCGGUAAGGGGCUCCUACGCGACAAAUGCAAGCUCAAGGAAGUCCUAGCCAGUGGCUAUACUUGGGGUCCUCCCGCCGAUGCCCUCGAAAGUCACUGCAAGGCGAAAUACAAGUUGGGGACAGUGUUGAAUAAGAGGGCACGAGCGUUCCUUGGGGCCGCAGAGACUUGGUUCUUCGCGCAGCAGGACCGUUCCUUCAUUGGCACACCCCUCGAACAGUGGCCUCUGCCGAACGAUCUACUCCUGCGCUUGGCAAAAAUCGAGCGUAACUAA